AUGAGCUAUUCGACUGCAAACUUCAACCAUAACAAGAAACUCAACGACUAUGCACAAAUUCAAACUCGUCUUAUGCACAUUGAGGACCGUGUGUUUAUAAGUCAACCGGGAGAUCCUCCGCAAAUGGACAUGAUAAAUAAGAUUCGUCGUCGUUAUCUGCCCAAUGAUCGUUACUCAAAUGUUUCGGAUAGGAGGAUUAUAUCUCACUCUAUCAAUAUCCCUGAGUCUUCAAAUAUUCCAAAUCAACCUGAAGCGGUUCAGUCACACUCCAGGUCAGCUCAAGAGUUGCUAACGGAGAGGCAUCCUUCAGAUAUGGGGGUUAAUGGUGUCUUAAACCCUGAUCCACCUGUUCACAGAAUAAUUGAUCAUGAGAUAAAUCAAAAUACGGUUAGUGAUAUUUUUGAGAAAAACGAUGAUACAGAUAAUUCGAAACAAUGCCCGAAUAUUGAAAUAUUGAAGAACAUUAACGAAAACAUUUCUAAUUUUCAUGAGCAUGUUUUGCAUUUCAUAUCUACACUUUAUUGGCAUACUGCAAUACCUCGGAAUGAAAUUCAGAUUAUUAUAACUGCAUUAAAUAAAAUAUUUUGCUCAAAGUUAUUUUUGAAAUUGCAAGAGUAUGUAUUAAAAAUAGUCCCUCAAAAAGAGCUUACGCCUAUAGAAGCAGUUUUGAAAAUUUUGAGGAAUCCAUUCGAAAAUAUAGAAACUGAUUAUAAACGUUUUCAAUAUUUUCAAAAUAUAGGAUAUUUUAUAACACCUACUGAAGUUAUUUUGAGUAAGUCUUUGAAGGUUACUUCUUGUAAUAAUAAUCCCAGUAUAUCUACUGUAGUUGAUAAAUAUGUAGUCAUUUCUUUAAGGGAUACUUUAAAAAAGUUUUUCGAGUUACCAAAUGUUUAUGAAAAAACAAUGACUCAUGUAAAUGAACUUUCAUCUGAAAAAGAUAAUUUGGAAAUUUUUUUGCAAGGUGCUUUAUGGAAACAGAAGAUUCAAAAUGUUAGUAAUAAAACUAUACUUCCACUGUUUUUUUACUUUGACGAUUUCGGAGUAGAGUUUCGUUGGCUUAGAAAGCAGUUGUUGUAUGAGAUUAAAAAGCGAUGCCGAUUGGUUCUAAUUGCCGUUGAUGAGGCCCAUUGCGUUAGUAAUUGGGGCCAGCAUUUCAGGCUUGAGUCUAGGCAGUUGGGCAUUUCAAAGGAGAUUUUUGUGGAUGUGUCCGUAUUGGCUGUCACUGCAACCGCAACCAAAAAUGUCUACGAGGACAUUAUUAGUGUUUCGAAAUUGCAAAAUACCCAAGUGAUUUGUCCUGGCUUUGACAGGCCCAAUUUGUAUUUCAAAGUGCGGCCUAAAGGCCAGAGCGUUUUGCGGGAUUUGCAAGAAAUUUCUACUCCAAUCAAAACUCAAAAGGCAGGAAAUAAAAAAGUGACCGAUAAACCUGGACCAUCUGCAUCAGGAUCGAAACUGCGAUAUUCAUGCUCUAAAAUUACUUGCACUGAAGAAGAUUCUCCAAAAAUCAAAGAUCCUUCUUUAGCCGUUCCAACAGGCAAAAAUGCGGGAGAUGAAAAUCCUAAUACUCAACCAGGGGCGGAAUACUUUGGAAUGAAAUACUUUGAUGAUGCUCUGAUUAGAGCGAAAAACGUGUAG